AUGAGAUCCAGGCUGCUGUUCGGGAAGCGAUUAAACAGUAUCGUUCUUCUUAAGAGUUCACUGUCCUUUUGGCCAACAAGGUGGGCUUUGGAGAUGGCGAAUCUGGGUUUUAUGGAGGAGAUGAUAGAAGACUACGUGGGUGAAGACGCUCCUCCCCUGUCGAGUGCCAAGGUCGAGGUUGUUGCUGGAGGUCGGGACAACGCCGAAGAUGCUGCAGUUUAA